UUCAAUAAACGGCUGUUAUGGAGCGAAACGGCUAAAUAAGGAUUCGAUGCUUGUUUCACUUUGACGUAGAUAAUACAUUUAAUAAUUUACUAAACUAGAUAAACUUUUAAAAGUUCUGUAUUUUAGUUUGAAGGCGUUUUGUUGUUUCCAAAUGGAAAAACGCCCAUAAAGAUACACGGCUGCACGGCCCCUUUGACUCUGCGCAAAUCGGGUGCAGGUUGAGUAGCUCGAACGCUCCCGAGGGGGGAAAAAAAAGAAUUCAGACGUUUCACUGUUCUGUCUUGGUGAAUUAAUCCAAAUUUUGAAGAACACUUGCGCUUUUUAAACAUGUUCCGACUUUGCAAACGAGCUGUUUUUAUCCACGAGCAAUGGACAGUGAAAGUCAACUUACAGUUCAGCCCGUACUCGACGUCUCCAGUCAGACUGGGAGUUCUGCAGAAGGUGAAUAAAAAGUGUGAGCGUUUCUUAGAGCAGCGAUUUCCUCGCUUUUCCAUCCUGUACCACACCCUGAUGAAAGGAUUUCAGCUCCUGUUUGAAGAUGUGAAGGAAGUUAGUAGAAUAAAGAGAAACAUGUGGACUAAAAACCUCCACUACAGAGAGCUUCCUUAUAGAGAAAUGAAGAGGCUCAUUCUGUUUCGACGCGACAUGAUUAAAGCCGUCCCACUGCUGGUGAUCUCACUUCCUCCAUUCGCCAUCGGCUUUGUGCUCAUCCUCAUGUGUUUGUUUCCACGUCAGCUUUUGUUUCGACAUUUCUGGACGCCACAGCAGCAGAGAAAGUUCCAGAUGAUUGACCACAUAAAGCGUUCUCGGUGUCAGGCGAAGAUCCUGCACAGCUUGGUGUUGAUUGUGCCAUAUGUGAGCGUGUGGCAUCGGAGGAACCUCCUCAACCUGUGCUCCAAGGUUCAGGCUGGGACACACCCAAGAGUCUCUGAGGUGCACGCUGUACGAGACCUCUUCAGGUCUCCUCCACUGGAAAUGCAGUGUCUCAGUCCUCGUCAUCUGAGAUUGUUAGGUUCUCAGUUCCCUGUAAUCGUGUGGUUUCCCAGUUUCCUGGUGCGGAGGCGGCUGACCACCAAAGCUCUGGACCUGCUGUAUCUGGACCGCGCCCUGCAGCAUCUCGGGCUCAAUCAGCUCACCGAGGAAGAAAUGAGACAAGCAUGUGACCUUCGAGGAGUGAACGCCAGUCAGCUGACCUCCAGUCAGUGUGAAGAGUGGCUUCGUCAGUGGCUCGAGCUCUCCACAAAGGUCAAAGAAUCAGAAACCUCUCUGUUACUGCACAGUAUGACGCUGCUCACGUUCAAUUACCCACCUGUGACCAAGUGAAUGAAACACAUCCUCAUAUCACAUCUCCUUCCUCCUGUUUACUAAAGAACCUCUUCACCUCGACUCGCCUGAUUCUUCACUUCGUUUACACACCUGCUUCUCUUUUUCCCCCCAGCAGAGCAUUCCACGCACAUUUCUGUUUAAUGCUCACUGCCAAACCAGUUUGCAGCAUUUACAGCCUAAAUGUUUAAAGUCAUUUGCAUAAAGUGACUCACUUUAGGGUUAUUUAAAGCACAAUCUGUGCAGAAAUUUUUGUUUUUGGAAACCGUAUACAGAAGUAUUUUUACAGCAUUAACAUUGUGUGGUGUAUAGGGAAUCCAUGGCCUAAUGGUUAGAGAAGCAGCUUUAGGACCAAAAGGUUGCUGGUUCAAUUCUGUGGACCAACAGGAAUGGCUGAAGUGCCCUUGAGCAAGGCACCCAACUGCACUGGGUGUGCUGUACGUCAGUCUGGACAAGAGCGUAUGCUAAAUGCCAUUUAAUGUAUUUGUUUUGCACUUUAUCAUAAUUAUUCACGUUCAUAUCCAGUUUUGUACAGCUCCGACAUGCCUGCUGCCUGUGAUUACAAUCCAACCUCGUAUCUGUCCUUAUUUAAUCUCAGAUUACUUCUUUUUGAUUUCCAUUUUGAAUUGUUUUGAAUUAUUGGGAUUUUUUUUGUAAUAAUUGUUAUUUUUGUGUGGCCUUUUGAGGAAAAAAAAAUAAAAUCAGCUCAGAAGUCA